AUGGAAGAGCUAAAUCAAACAUCGGUAACUGAAUUCAUCCUUUUGGGAAUCACUGACAUCUCUUGGUUAAAGAUUCCAUUUGUCAUUACAUUUCUCAUAUUGUACAUGGUUAGUUUAGUAGGAAAUCUCAGCAUUGUAAUUGUAGUGAUGUAUGAUCACAAUCUGCACACCCCUAUGUACUUGUUGUUGAGUAAUCUCUCUUUCUUGGACUUCUGCUACUCAACAACCACAGUCCCUAAAAUGCUUGCAGGUCUUGUUAUGAACAACAAAAAAAUAUAUUUCACUAGCUGUAUAGCUCAGCUAUAUUUCUUUCACUUUUUUGGAAGCACAGAAGCUCUGCUUCUAACAUCUAUGUCUUAUGAUAGGUAUGUUGCUAUAUGUAACCCUCUUCGAUAUCAAGUCCUUAUGGCAAAAAACAUUUGUAUUAGUUUGGCUUUCAGUUCUUGGGCCACUAGCUUUUUCUAUUCACUGACACAUACUGUUUUAGCAUCAAGGUUGCCUUUCUGCAAGUUUAAUAAGGUAGAUCACUUCUUGUGUGAUAUCAAACCGCUUCUAAAACUGGCCUGUUCUGAUACCCGGCUCAAUGAAAGUUUGGUGUCCAUUAUUACAGGUUUCAUAGGUCUUGCCUCCUUUGCAUUAAUAGUUAUCUCUUAUGGCUUCAUUGGAUCUCACCUUCUGAAUAUCCAUUCUUCCCUAGGUAGGCACAAGGCCUUGUCCACAUGCACUUCUCACUUGACUGUUGUCCUUAUGUUCUAUGGAACAGCUGUUUCCAUAUACAUAAGACCAGCCACGAAAAAUUCACUGGAGCAGGACAGACAGGCUGCAAUAUUGUACACAGCAAUUACCCCAGCGUUAAAUCCACUUAUUUAUGCACUGAGAAACAAAGAUGUGAAGAUAGCAUUCAAGAAACAUAUACAAAGGCUUUUUAAUAAAUGUAUUUACUAA